UCAGCACCUAUCGGACCUGCAGUAGCUUCUGGACCUCCAGCAGCUACUGGACCUCUAGCAGCUACUGGACCUCUAGCACCCAUCGGACCUCCAGCAGCUACUGUACCUUCAGCAGCUACUGGACCUCUAGCAGCUACUGGACUUCUAGCACCCAUCGGACCUCUAGCAGCAGUUACUGGACCUUCAACAGCUACUGGACCUCUAGCAGCUACUGGACCUCUAGCACCCAUCAGACCUCCAGCAGCUACUGGACCUCUAGCAGUUAUUGGACCUCUAGCAGCUACUGGACCUCUAGCACCCAUCAGACCUCUAGCAGCAGUUACUGGACCUUCAGCAGCUACUGGACCUCGAGCAGCUACUGGACCUCUUGCAGCUGCUGGAACUCCAGCAACUACUGGACCUCUAGCAGCUGCUGGACCUUCAGCAGCUACUGGAGCUUUAGCAACUACUAGACCUCUAGCACCCAUCGGACCUCCAGCAGCUACUGGACCUUCAGCAGCUACUGGAGCUUUAGCAACUACUAGACCUCUAGCACCCAUCGGACCUCCAGCAGCUACUGGUCCUUCAGCAGCUACUGGACCUCUAGCAGCUAUUGGACUUCUAGCAGCUUCUGGACCUUCAGCACCUAUAGGACUUCCAGCAGCUUCUGGACCUCCAGCAGCUACUGGACCUCUAGCACCCAUCGGAUCUCCAGCAGUUACUGAACCUUCAGCAGCUACUGGACCUCUAGCAGCUACUGGACCUCUUGUAGCUACUGGUCCCCCAGCAGUUACUGUACCUUUAGCAGCUACUGGACCUCCAGCAGCUACUGGACCGUCAGUGGGUAUUGGAUCUUUGGCAGCUACUGGACCUCUAGCAGCUGCUAGAACUCCAGCAACUACUGGACCUCUUGCAGCUACUGGACCUUCAGCAGUUACUGGAGCUCUAGCAGCUUCUGGACCUCUAGCAGCUACUGGACCUCUAGCAGCUACUGGACCCCCAGCAGUUACUGGACCUUUAGCAGCUACUGGACCUCCAGCAGCUACUGGACUUCCAGUGGGUACUGGACCUCCAGCAGCUACUGGACCUCCAGCAGCUACUGGAUCUUUAGCAGCUACUGGACCUCACAGUCUAAAGACCAUCAAAUCUGUCGAAAACUCACUUGAAAGUCCAACAAGUUCAAGCCUUUGUUCAUGUCUUUGUUAGGUUCUGAAUUAAACACUAGUUCAUGGGAUUUAGCACUGCUAAAAUUCAAGUAAUCAUUUUACAGAAAUCCUUAUGGUAUUCAGAAUGAUAUGGAUCACUAUUGAAAAAUAAACUAAAUAUGUUUUUUUUUAAAUCUUGAUUUCAUUAAUAGUUUAUUUAGUUAAACUACCUACUAAAAAGAACAAGUCAGAUAAGUCCUCAUCAAAAGGCUUGGAGAAUACUCAGCAAAUUAGAGCGAUCUUCAUGAGAAAAAGAGUGCUUUACGCCUUGUGCUAUCCAAGGCACUUUAAAAUUGGGAGUUGGGUCAUCUAGACCCACUAGACA